AUGGGUCGAUACUCAGGGAUAGACGACGACGUGGAAGCAACCACCAAGUGGUGGAAUGACUAUCCAACAAGGUAAAUUGAAAGGCUAAUAAUAAAGUCGAUUUAGUCGUUACACCGAUCUCUGCAAAGCCGAGACGGCCUUCCAAAACAUCGUCGAAGGAGUAUGGUCUAAGCCAAAGAGAUUGGGUCGAUCCGCAUCCUUCACCAACAUGACUUAUAUCAGAGAGAAACAGCACGACUAUCCCAUCAAGAGAAGCGAAUCCAUCAGUUCUCUGGCCCCAUCUCUCGGUUUGCUUCCUCAAUAUCAUCGUCAGGCCGAAAGAAUUGUCCACACUGCUCCAGUGUACAAACCGUUUGUUCACGACUGGUAUAACAAUGCCUAUAGCACUGCCAGAUACAGGGUGGGUGCGAGUAAAGAUAAAAAAUUGCCGGUUGUAUUUUAUGCACCCGCAACUAAGGUGCUGAAAGAGGUCGGAGACAGGACCAACGGUCAGCGAUGACAAAUUGAAAAUUGUCAAGAAUGUAAUCAAAUUGAAAUUGUUAUUUCAGGACACUCAACGAGAGAUCGAAAGACCGCUUCGUCGGGAAAUUCCCGACUACGAACGGUCCACUCAUGUACCAUAUUACACCUUCCAGACGAAACGAAUCUUCUUCGAAGAGGUAUCAGAUAUCAUUAAACUAAUAACAUCGUAAACCGGACAAUAAUACAUACCGAUCUCGUUUUCAGAGGGCCCAGCCUUACAAGUCGUACCUGCGACAGUCCCAGCAGUAUCUCGACAAGUAUGUCACCUCCAGAUUGAAAGCCGACGACUUUGCCCAGCAAUACGUACAUUCUGCCUAUGAAUGGCACAAACCCCAUGACUAUUCGUUCAACCGUCACUCCGUUUGGGGAAGCCAAGUCUACAUCCCCCAUGCUCCAUCCAAUCCGCAUUCAUACAGCGACGCACAAGCUCUUCGAAAACUUUAUAAAACAACAGGAAGAUUCCGAUUUGCCUGA